UCUCUGUUAGCGUGAAUUUACUUUUUUGCCCUUACUCAACCAUUUUCCAUAUUAGUCCUAAUAUUAACACUUAAAUAUGUUAAUUAAACCCAAAAUAAAGAAUUAACUGCUAUUAUUUUAAUAAAACACAACUUUUUAUUUGGGCUUUCUUUCACUUGCUCUUCUUCUUCACUUCACGAUCUUCGGUUCACGCCAUCAAUCAUCAUCGUCGUCUUCUUCUUCUUCUUCUUCUUCUUCUUCUUCUUCUUCUUCUUCUUCUUUUUCUUCUUCCACCAUUGUCAUCUCUACAAUCUUUCUCCUUUACCUUGUCAUUCUCUUUCCUCGAACCCAGAUUAUUUCCUCCAAAUCAAGUUAUUUCUCAAACCCAGAUUAUUGAAACCCAGAUUAUUUCCUCAAACCCAGAUUAUUGCAAGCAACUCAAAUUACAAAUCUUCAACCUCAAACAAAUUGAAUUUGGAGGAGAGAGAAUCAAAGGAUGUUGAUGGGGUGAUUUUGUUAAAUUAAUCGGUGGAUUUGAAGGAACGGAGUUCGAGCUCCUAAAGCUCGGCUGCCGGAGUUUGAAAUGGAGGAGAGAGAAAGAGGUGGGGAGUGUGGGUGGUCAAAGGAAAACGGAAAAUGGGAGAAGUGGGCCGGAGUUCAAGUUCUUGUUCCGUCGUUGUUGAUGGUGGUCCACCGGCUGAUGUUGCUUCUAUGGCCGCUGAGUAUUUCGCCUAAAAACGUCAAACCCUAUACUCACCCCCACCAUCUCACAAAAUCACACCCAUUCAUUUCCUUCCCCCAUUACAAAUCGAACGGCAAAAAAUCAAAACAAAUAAAUACCUCCCAUUUCCCACAUUUUCUCCACAGUUUUUUCCUUCUUCUUUGUCAGCUUCUCUGAAUUUAUAUCCCCAAUUUUUUGGAUGAUUGUUUAGGGUUAGGAGGUUUGAAUCUGGUGCCUUGGUGGUGAGCUUGUUUUUCUUGUUUUUGUCGAUUAAUUUUUUUUAAUUAUGUUAAUUGUUGAUUGAUGUGAUUUUGAAAUUGAAUGUGGAAAAAGAAGCAAAGAGAUUGUGAUUUCUGUGAAUAAAUGAAAAGGAAAGAAAAAGAUGAAGGAAAGAAAAAAAGAAUGGAAAAGAACUAAAGUUGCAGACUUUAUUGGGAGGAGAAGGUGACAGAAUAAAGGAAAGAGAAAUUAAGAGAAAGAAAAAGGAAAAAAAAUAAUUUAAUGUUAACGGAAAAGACAACGGCACUGACAGAAAAUGGUCAAUAAUGGUAUUUUGUGAUAUUAUUACAUACGUCAAGGGUAUUUGAUGCAUUCGGGAAACAUUAGGGGUAUUUGGUGCAUUAACGCAAAUCUCGGGUUCAUUUCAUGAAAAAUCCGUUAUUUUAACCAAUUAAACUCAUUGGUUCAUUUAAUCUCUCACCUUUUUCAUUGAGACAUUAAAAUUUUCUCACUUUCCCAAUAUUAGAAUUUUGAUAAAAGUGAAAACAUUAUAAAUAAAAAACAAUUAUUUCAAAUAGAGGAAUUUCAAAUAGCUAACAUCAUUUUUUUCAAUUUUAUUUUCUUAUAGUUUCUACUUUCCCCCCAUUAUAAAUUGUGAGGGCUACAUACACUACCAUCAAGGCAUCAACCAUUUUAAACAAACUAAAAAUGGAUCUAACCAUCUUGGGUGAAGUAGAAGAAAAUGAGCUACUUGUAGAUGCACAAGCUCAUAUAUGGAGAAAUAUAUUUAGUUUUCUGAAUUCCAUGGCCUUGAAAUGUGCACUUGAACUAUCCAUCCCAGACGCCAUUAAAAAGCAUGGAAAACCCAUGACUCUUAAUGAGCUAACCAAUUCACUCCUUAUCCACCCAAACAAAACUCCGUCCCUUUCGCGCUUGAUGCGCAUUCUUGUAUCCACCAACUUCUUCUCUAACAAAAUUUUACCAGGUGGCGAAGAAUGUUUUGCUCUUACUUUGAGCUCCCAACUUCUGUUGAAAGAUCACCCUCUUUCGCAAGCUGCGUUUUCUCUUGCAAUGCUCGAUCCACGUCUUACUAAUCCAUCAUAUCAUUUAAGUAGUUGGUUUCGAAACGAUGCCGAAUCUCCUUUCCAAAUUGUUAAUGGAAGGAGUUUUUGGGAAAAAGCGGCCCUUGAACCCAAAUUUAAUGAAUUUUUUAACCAAGCCAUGGAAAGCGAUUCUCGAUUUGUUACGAGCUUUUUGGUGAGGAACAACGUUUUUAAGGGCUUAUUUGAAGGGGUGAAAUCGUUGGUGGAUGUCGCAGGCGGUAAUGGGACGACUGCUAAGGCCAUUUCUGAGGCCUUCUCAUGGUUGAAGUGCACUGUAUUUGAUCUACCACAUGUGGUUCAAGGAAUACAAGAUAGAGCUAGCAACUUGAACUAUGUUGCAGGAGACAUGUUUGACGCUAUCCCUCAUGCUGAUGCUGUCCUACUCAAGUGGAUAUUACAUGAUUGGAGUGACAAAGAUUGCAUAAAGAUACUCCAACAAUGCAAAGAGGCAAUUCCCAACAAAAAUGAUGGAGGAAAAGUGAUAAUCAUAGAUAUGGUUGUGGGCCCACAAACUAAUAACUCAAAACACAGUGAUGCUCAAUUAUUGUUUGACAUGGAGAUGAUGUCUCUUACGGGAGGAGGCAAAGAAAGAACUAAAGAGGAAUGGGAGAACAUCUUCGUUAAUGCUGGUUUUGGUCAGUAUAAGAUUUUUCCUUUUAUGGGUUUAAGGUCUGUCAUUGAGGUUUAUCCUUUAUAGAUUCUGAAUUUCUAUGUUUUUGUUUAUCACUAAGUUCGUAUUUUUUUUUUCUGAAUUCGAAUGGUUGUCUAGUUUAACGAAUUGUAUGGGUCACAUGUCAUUCUUAAUAAAUAACGAUAUUAUAUCAUCAA